AUGGCAUCGUCUACCGAGCCCCUGCCCACGAAGGUGGUCGCAGGAGUGACUGUGCCCGACACGCCGCUCAUCACUAAAGCUCUAGAUUAUGUGCGCCAGUACUCGACCGACGACACGUACAACCACAUCAUCCGCUCCUUUCUUCUUGGGUUCAUCAUCGCCGACAAAGUCCUCCCCGAACGAGAUCGUGAGGCCCACGCCGUCGCCGCCAUCAUGCACGACCUGGGUUUCCCCAUCGGCCACCCGCCGCACUCUGAGAUCAUUUCCAAGGACAAGAGAUUCGAGGUCGACGGAGCCAACGCGGCGAGGAAUUUUCUGAGGAAGGAGGCCCCGGACUGGGACAAGCACAGGCUGCAGCUGGUCUGGGAUGCGAUCGCCCUGCAUACCAUUGGUUCGAUCGUGUUCGAGAAAGAGCCCGAGGUCCAGGCGUGCAGUUAUGGGAUCUGGGCAGACUUCCAGGGCCCGGACAGGGUGCCCGGCGGGCUUCUGAGCUGGGACGAGUACAACCCGGUGGUCAAGGAAUAUCCCCGACUGGGCCUCAUGAAAGGCCUCAAAGCCAACAUGUGCCAUCUUUGCGAGCUGAAGCCCCAGACGACGUACGACAACACGGUGGGCGAGUGGGGUGAUCGAUAUGUCGAAGGGUACAGCAGGAAAGGGAAAUUGACGCAGGAUCUGCUCGAGACGUGUAAUCUGGAUGAGCUAUAA